GGGCACGUCGGCGCUCGGUGUCCAGCUGUUGAGAAAAAUGGCGGAUCACCUGCUCCUCACGGAGGCCAAAAAGCUGGAAUAUUUCUCCUCCAUCAACUCUAUGGCUCGUAAGAUUAUGGAGGAAAGGGAGAAGAUAAAGGAGAGGCACGGUCUGACUUGGGAUCAGAUGAGUCCGGUCGAACAGGACACGGCGAUAGACAACGGGAUGCUGGACCCGCGGAUCCGGGCUCGGUACGCGAUGCACCGGGUGGAGCGAGAAGAGCUGAUCUGCUUCCCGAAACUACUGCUCCAGACCGGACAGAAGACCGUGCACUUCGGAGACGAGGACUUAACAUGGCAAGAUGAGCACUCCGCUCCCUUCUCCUGGGAGACCAAGAGUCAGAUGGAAUUCAGCAUCAUCUCCGGUGCUCCAGAACCGACCGUUCCCUCCUCAGUGAACGAAUCCAAACCCAAGCCCUCUCAGAGCACCAAGCUGCCCAGCACUGACGAGUCGUCCUUCUGGAAGAUCAGCGCCGAACGCUCGCGGCUAGAGGGCGAGAAGGCUGAGUUUCAGUCUCUGACGCCCAGCCAGAUCAAGUCUCUGGAGAAAGGAGAGAAGCCUUUGCCGUCGUACCUGAGGUCAGAGUCUGGGGCGAGGGAGUCAGAGGAUGUGCCUCCCUCACGGCCGGUUCAGCAGAGAAUCACCAAACCUCAUGCCCCUCCUCCCCCGGUUCCCAUCAGCGUGACCCCUGUGGCCAUUAGUGUGACCCCAACACCUCCUGCUCCCGUGUCCUCCUCAGAGGAAGGGUGGGAGAGGGCCCAGAGCACGCUUCCGUCUGUAAGCACUAUGGAUGAUGUGUUCAGUCCUGGUCUGGUCACCAGGUCUUCCACUCAGUCCAACAGCACAGUCAAAGAUGCCAAGGCAGAAAGCUCACCCACCUCCAGUCCUACCUUCUCACAGGUUAGAUGGAAUUUCACCUUCAUUUCAUAUAGUUCGAUGAAGACAGACAGUUGUGCAUGGGUAAAUGCCUUGAUGUUCUUCAUAUUUUUCUUUCCGUUAAUUAAUGCAAUAUAUUAAAACGCAAUUCAUGAGUACAAUGACUUGAAUACAACUCUUCUAGAAUG